CCCUCUCCCCCGAUUCAGCGACCAUCAUGUGUGAAAUAAGCCAAACAUUUUGUUAGCAUAUGACGUGGCACGCCAUGUUGUAUCAAUAACUUUACCUUCUCAUCAAUCCUUACUUUCCUUAUACAGGAGGGAGCUCUCCAGCCACGCUUCCUUUGCCAUUAGCUGCACUAGUUAGCCUCACAAUCACUUACAAACUGGACGAAGCAUCAGAGCGCUUCCUCACGAUCAUUGGCCCAGCCUUGACUGCACUAGCCGCUGGUUGCCCCUGGCCAUGCAUGGCUAUCAUAUCAUCUCUAUGGGUCCAGAAAGCUAAGCGUUGGAGUGACUUCCUUGUUUUCCAUGCUUCCCAAACCGUCUUCCACCACAACAGUGAUGCUGUAGUUCAGCUUCUAAGGAGCUGUUUCACAUCAACUCUGGGCAUCACUCCUCUAUACAUCUCCGGCAGUGGUAGCGUCGGUGCCCUUCUAGGCCACGGUUUUGGGUCCCACUAUUCUGGUGGGAUAGCGCCGGUCUCCCCAGGGAUUCUGUAUGUGAAAGUGCAUCGAGCAAUCCGAGAUGUAAUGUUCAUGACUGAAGAGAUUCUCUCCCUCCUCAUGCACUCCGUUCGAGAGAUCGCAAGCAGCGGGUUGCCCAGAGAUGCGGCAGAGAAAUUGAGGAAGUCCAAGCACGGGUUGAAGUAUGGCCAGCUCUCCACAGCCAAUGCGAUGAGACGUGUCAAACUAGCAGCUUCACUUGGGGCCUCGUUGGUAUGGAUCUCAGGGGGUCCGAACUUGGUCCACUCCCUGAUUAGAGAAACCUUACCUUCUUGGUUCGUAUCGCAACACGGCUGUGAGCAGCUAGUGGGUGGAGGGGGUGAUGUAGUUGCCACACUGGGCGGUUAUGCACUUGCUUACUUUACAUUGCUGUGUGGAACGUUUGCAUGGGGGGUUGAUUCUGUGUCACCAACAUCCGGAAGACGGGCACAAGUUCUGACCGCGCACUUGGAGUUUCUGGCUAGUGCGCUGGAUGGGAAGGUGUCGCUGGGUUGUGAGUGGAAGACGGCGCAGGCUUAUGUAUCAGUGCUGGUGGGGUUGAUGGCGGCUUGCACUCCAAAAUGGGUGGAGGAGGUGAACGCGGACCUACUGAAGAGGCUGAGCAAGGGAUUGAGGCGGUGUAACGAUACCGAACUGGCAUUGUCGUUGCUGGGACGUGGUGGGGUUGGGUCCAUGGGAGCAGCUGCAGAGCUUGUUGUAGAAUGUGGAUUGUUUUAUUAGUGAAACAGCGAGUGCGUGGUGGAAACAGUUUUGCAGCCCUUUUGUAGGGUAAGGCAAUUGGUGGGUAGAUGUAGGCCUGUUUCCUGAAGGAAAGAUGCAGGGAUGGCAGUUUGUAGGGUUUUUGUAAAUUGUAGGUGUCUGUUUAGAAGCCAAAAGGAAGUUAAAUAACAGGGAUUAAUAUAGAGGUCAGUGGCUUUACUCAUUUUGUUGGGUGGAUCUCUAAUUUUGCAGAAGUUUAAUUUAUGUAUUCAAUUCAGUUGUUAACAACUUUCACAGCCAUCUUCUUUGGAGAAAGUUAUCAUUUGUUGCUGAUCCGUAUCAUGGCUUUUGGUAGAGACAGUAAAGUCGGAGCAAAAUUACAAUUAGUAAGCUUAUAUUCCCCAUGUAUGAAAAUAGUGAAGAACAUAUUAUACUGCAAAAAAAUGCAUGAAGUUUGUUCUUAGCUUUUAGCUUUAACAAGAUUUAACGUAAUUCUUUAAGCCUACACUACACUCUUGAAGCCUUGACAUGCUUGCUACUAGGCAUACAAUAACUGCCUAAAAUGGCUGAAAAACAUGAAGUUCCUAACCAAAUAUGAAGUAAUUAUCAAGUUGACUGACAUUAAUGGAAUGUUUAAUGCGCUAAACAUAAUGUUCUCAAUUCGUAAAAUAAUAGAAUAUUUCUGUUUAAUUUAUACAUAUGAAAAAUUGAUGAUAUUAUGUGUAAGAUGGAUCCUGAAAUGAAAGAUUUGAUUAUUACUUUCGUGAAUACUGGUGCGGGGAUGAGAUUGAUCAUUAUGGGAUGAUAGAUGUGAGAUAUGCAUUGACCAGGAAGUCAAUGAGACGACAUUGAUUCCUAGAACGAUUGUAUGGACUAGGAACUUAAUGAGACAACAUGGAUUUCUAGUCUACCGAGAUGAUGGGAAAAUCAAUAUUGUUUGUUACGUGAUCAUGUAAAAUCCAACGAUUAUAAAACUGUACCAGAAGUUAAGGCGGAUAAGUCAAUGGUAGGUUAUUUUGUUGUUAAACCAUGGUUUAACCAUGGUUCAACCUUUUCAUACUAGUAAAAUUCUAUACUGGCUUGGGAUCUAGUAGGCCAUUUUUCUAGGUCUGACCAUUGGUACGAUACAAUUUAAAUCACUUAAAAGACAUAGAAAUGGUCUAUGCCAUUGCCACCCCAAAUGAUUAUGGGUUAUGGUAGAUUUAGUUGGCUAAGGCUUCCAAAUUUUCCUUUUUUUUUUGUUCAUCCAGAACGAGGGGCAAAUUCGACCCCCUCCAGAUGCCGACGAUGUUCUUCUAAGGGUAGAUUUUGUAAGAGAGGUUGAUGAAUUGCUCCAAGAAGUGAGAGCAGAGCAGAAUGAAGAACCCAAUGCACUAGGGCUUGAUCAUGAAUCCAUUGCCAACAAACUGAAACAGCAAGAGAAGCACAGGAAGAUAAAUAAGGUUGAUGCUCUUCUAGAGCUGACUAAUAACUUGAAUAUGUAGCAGCGAUAUAUGUUGCCCCUUAGACAAGGUAUAGCCUGUUUAGUUAGAUUCCCAGGUUAUUUUAUAAUUUCGUCUAGAACCAGUUUCUGUUUUGAGCUGUAGAAGUGAAGAAAAUUAUACUAUUCUC